AUGGUUGUUUGUAAAUAUUAUCGACAAGGGAAUUGUCGAUUUGGGCAAUACUGUCAAUUGGAGCAUAUAAAUACUUUUGCAGGUAAUAACAAAGUUGACUCUUAUAACGAAGACGAAUAUAUAGUGAUGUUGGUUGCAAACGAAAUAAUUAAUGCAGAAAGAGGAGGUCAGUGGAUGCUAUCAUGCUUUGCACCAUUUAUCGAAAGACCAUGCAUUCCUGGCAUGGAAGAUGUGUCUCCAGAAGAAGUACGAUGGGAAAUGUAUCAAGCACAAAAAAAUGGAAUGGUGGAACAAGCAAAACUGCAUUUUCAACAAAUGUGUAGAGAUAUGAAAACAAAAUGGGAUGCAUUCAAGAAUCCUACUCGUGAAACAUUAAAUAAGCUUAAAGAAAUUCUAGGAACAGGUCAUAAAGAUACUAGAAAUGAUAAUACAUCUGGAAAAUCUUCCAACUUUACUUUUGCAACACCUCAACUUGGACUUCCAAGCAGUACAUCCUCAAACGUAUUUGGAAACAAAACAUUUGGAAAUCAGAGCAAUCCAUUUACUGGAGGCUUUACAUCCACCACCAAUACAUCAAUCUUUGGGAGAACAGCUACAACAUCAAAUCCUGUAUUUGGUAGUACCCCAACUUUUGGCACUAAUUUAGGAGUGUUUGGUGGUGGUACCAGCACUAAUUCUGUAUUUGGUGGGAUUACAAACACUUCUACAUUUAAUACAGGACAAAACACGCAGACUUUUGGAUCAUCUGGUUCGAUUUUCGGUGGUGGAUCUUCGCAACCCGUUUUCGGGCAGCCUAGCAUAUUCGGAACAAUCAAUCAAGUGAACAAUGUUUUCGGCAGGCAUCAAACGUCCCAGGCACCCACAUCAGUAUUCAAUAGCGGAGCAACGUCUUCAUCCUCUUUAUUUAGUGGCACUUCUCAGUCUAAUACUCCUGUAUUCGCUGGAGCUAAAACUUCUACUGCUAAUCCAUUUGGCGGUUUCUCAAAUUUGCAGACUACCAACUCUAUUUUCGGAACUACUCCGUCCUCUGAAACUUUUAGUUCAGGAAUAUUUUCGCAAUCUGAAACACCUGCUUUUGGUGGAGCACCUGUUUUCGGCGGCUCAGCGACCUUUGGAAACAGUUCCAGUUCAAUAUUUGGCGAAAAACCAACAUUCGGAACUUCUGGCAAUAUAUUUGCCACAUCCAAUAACACAACUCCUGCCUUUAGUUCUACACAGUCUACAAAUGCUUUUGGUGUUUCCACUUCUACACCUUCCGUAAAUAUAUUCGGAAAUGCUCAAAGUACCACUCCUAUUAUGUCCACCUCCAGUGCUUCGCCAUUUGUCGCAAUAUCUUCUGCGACUACGAGUCCCUUCGCUACAGCGACCUCACAAUUUGAAACUACCAGUACGGCAUCCUUCUCAAAGCCCACAUUUGGGACAGCUACAGGAACUGCUGCUGAAACUACAGCUACUUCCAGUAGUACAUCAUUUGGUACUGCAAAUACCGGACCUACUUUUGGAACAACCAGUUCUAGUACUUCCCCUUUCGCGACAUCAACGUUUGGUGAUGUGAAGAAUUCACCAUUUGGUUCAACAAAUGUUACAACUACUACUACGAAACCGCAACAAAUUACUUCGCCGUUUGGUACUUUCGCACAAAGUUCAACGUCUAAUACCGUCACGGGGUCCACAAACGGACCGUUUGGAAAACCAUUUGGUGUAACAUUAUCAGCAACUAUUAUCGAUGAUAGCCAUUACUCGAUAGAUAAUCAAUUAACAGAUGACGAGAAGAGCAUGUACAUGGCAGAGAAAUUUACUUUUGGAAAAAUACCAUUGAAACCGCCUACCAAAGACAUUAGAUAAUGCAAUGAGGUUGCGGUUUGAUGGGGAAUACAUGCUGUGAUACACGCUUCCUACAUACAUGUACAAUUAAGAUAAAUUUGAU